AGUCCAAAAAAAAUAUAUAUCUUCUCUCUAAUUUCUUGUUUCAAAACCAAAAUAGGAACACAGAUACAUAUCGUGAAGAUGAAGGAAGUAUGUAACUCAUUGCAAGGACUAAAACCAGUCAUUGUUAUGGUGUUUGUGCAGAUUGCAUAUGCUGCUAUGAAUAUCAUGUGCAAGCUCGUUAUAAAUGAUGGGAUGAGUAUGAGGGUUGCGACUGCUUACCGCCUCAUUUGUGCAUCAGCUUUCACUAUUCCAGUUGCCCUUUUCUUUGACAGGAGGAAAAGACCAAAGAUUACUUGGAAGGUGCUUUUUAUGGCAUUCCUAUCUGGGUUGUUUGGGGGAAGUUUAUUUAUAAACCUUUAUGCCGAGGGUAUUGCUUUAACCUCAGCAACAUUUAUGCUAGCUAUGUUCAACCUUACUCCAGGCAUUACCUUCAUCAUGGCAAUAUUAUUUGGAUUGGAAAAAUUGAAUUGGAGUCUAGCAGAAGGAAAGGCUAAAGUGAUGGGAACAGCAAUUGGAAUUAGUGGUGCGAUGCUGAUGACAUUUUACAAUGGAGCAGAAAUCAAUAUUCGUUCAUCAAAUAUUAACCUUUUGCAUGCACAUCAGAACCAAAAUGGGCAUAUGGAGCCGCAACAUGCAGACUUUAGUAAUAAACUAUUGGGCGUUCUAUGUGCUAUAGGAAGCAGCUGCUUUUUUUCUCUAUGGUUUAUCAUUCAGGCUAAAAUGAAUAAAGAAUAUCCAAGCCAUCACUCAAGCACAGCUUUGAUGUCGACAAUGGGAGCAAUUCAAGCCAUCGUUUUUGCUAUUUGUGUGGACAGAGAUUUGACCCAAUGGAAGCUUGGUUACAAUAUCAGACUUCUCAUGGUAGCUUAUUCGGGAAUUGUAAUCUCUGGAAUAGCUACAAUUGUUAUUGCUUGGUGCAUAAAGAUGAGAGGCCCUCUCUUUGCCUCUGUUUUCUAUCCUCUUCAACUUUUACUUGUGGCUGUCUCUGCUUAUCUGUUGUUGGAUGAGAAGUUAUAUCUAGGAAGUAUCCUUGGAGCAGUGUUGAUCGUGUGCGGCCUAUAUAUAGUGCUGUGGAGUAAGAACAAAGAAAUGAAAGAAAAAGUUCAGGUUACGAGCAUGGCCGGUCCAACAUAUUCUGAGGCAUAAAACGAAAAUUAAAGUGAUUCUUUUUGUGUAAUAAAAUAUUUGUCUAAAAUUUUAUAAAGCAAAUGAGUAUUCAUGGUCGCUUUGUUGAGUAUUUAAAAGCAAAUGAACGAUAAGAUUUGAAUAACGACAUAGAAUCUAGAGCAGUCGUAUGAGAUUGGUUUAACUUUGCUUACGCGUUUGAAAAAUGUCAAAGAACACAGAAUUUCCACCACGGUACAGCAGCAUGUAUGAUCACCCGCAGUUCCGUCAAAAGCUCAAUUAGGUACAUACAAGUUCAAUGUUGAUGUCUCAUUCUCUCAGUCUCGUGAGCAUAUUAAGGUGGGAAUCAAUGUUUGUGACGAACAAGGGCGCUUUGUUCUUGCUGAAACAGAAUGGAUUGAACCUCUUAUGAAAGUUGAUAUUGGUGAGGCUCUCGGUUUACUAACGGUAUUGAAUUAAGUUAAUGAUUUGUUGACCACUUUCACAACAACAAAAGCAAUGUUUCACAGAAAGGUGCUAUUAUUGAAGAUCGUAGACGUCUUUUGUCUAAUAUGGGUAAAAGUUGUCAUGUUGAGUUCAUCAGGAGACAACUUAAAAAGUUUCGAGAUUCCUACUAUUAUCUUUUGAAAGUAUAAUUUUCCAAACUCUUUUGUAAUGUCUGUUAGUGCCAUAACUAGCCAAGUUUAUUGAAUCUAUUUUGAA